AUGACAGUCAGAGACCCAUCCCCGACCCGAAGGCGCAGGGAGACGGUCAGAGACCUAUCCCCGACCCGAAGGCGCAGGGAGACGGUCAGAGACCUAUCCCCGACCCGGAGGCGGAGGGAGACGGUCAGAGACCUAUCCCCGACCCGGAGGCGGAGGGAGACGGUCAGAGACCUAUCCCCGACCCGGAGGCGGAGGGAGACGGUCAGAGACCUAUCCCCGACCCGGAGGCGGAGGGAGACGGUCAGAGACCUAUCCCCGACCCGGAGGCGGAGGGAGACGGUCAGAGACCUAUCCCCGACCCGAAGGCGGAGGGAGACGGUCAGAGACCUAUCCCCGACCCGAAGGCGCAGGGAGACGGUCAGAGACCUAUCCCCGACCCGAACGCGCAGGGAGACGGUCAGAGACCUAUCCCCGACCCGAAGGCAGAGGGAGACGGUCAGAGACCUAUCCCCGACCCGAAGGCAGAGGGAGACGGUCAGAGACCUAUCCCCGACCCGAAGGCGCAGGGAGACGGUCAGAGACCUAUCCCCGACCCGAACGCGCAGGGAGACGGUCAGAGACCUAUCCCCGACCCGGAGGCGCAGGGAGACGGUCAGAGACCUAUCCCCGACCCGAAGGCAGAGGGAGACGGUCAGAGACCUAUCCCCGACCCGAACACGCAGGGAGACGGUCAGAGACCUAUCCCCGACCCAAAGGCGCAGGGAGACGGUCAGAGACCUAUCCCCGACCCGAAGGCGGAGGGAGACGGUCAGAGACCUAUCCCCGACCCGAAGGCGCAGGGAGACGGUCAGAGACCUAUCCCCGACCCGAAGGCGCAGGGAGACGGUCAGAGACCUAUCCCCGACCCGAACGCGCAGGGAGACGGUCAGAGACCUAUCCCCGACCCGGAGGCGCAGGGAGACGGUCAGAGACCUAUCCCCGACCCGAAGGCAGAGGGAGACGGUCAGAGACCUAUCCCCGACCCGAACACGCAGGGAGACGGUCAGAGACCUAUCCCCGACCCGAAGGCAGAGGGAGACGGUCAGAGACCUAUCCCCGACCCGGAGGCGCAGGGAGACGGUCAGAGACCUAUCCCCGACCCGGAGGCGCAGGGAGACGGUCAGAGACCUAUCCCCGACCCGAAGGCGGAGGGAGACGGGAGACGGUCAGAGACCCAUCCCCGACCCGAAGGCGCAGAUGACGGUCAGAGACCCAUCCCCGACCCGAACGCGCAGGGAGACGGUCAGAGACCCAUCCCCGACCCGAAGGCGCAGGGAGACGGUCAGAGACCCAUCCCCGACCCGGAGGCGCAGGGAGACGGUCAGAGACCCAUCCCCGACCCGGAGGCGCAGGGAGACGGUCAGAGACCUAUCCCCGACCCGAAGACGGAGGGAGACGGUCAGAGACCCAUCCCCGACCCGGAGGCGCAGGGAGACGGUCAGAGACCUAUCCCCGACCCGGAGGCGCAGGGAGACGGUCAGAGACCUAUCCCCGACCCGAAGACGGAGGGAGACGGUCAGAGACCUAUCCCCGACCCGGAGGCGCAGGGAGACGGUCAGAGACCCAUCCCCGACCCGGAGGCGCAGGGAGACGGUCAGAGACCUAUCCCCGACCGGGAGGCGGAGGGAGACGGUCAGAGACCUAUCCCCGACCCGGAGGCGCAGGGAGACGGUCAGAGACCUAUCCCCGACCCGAAGACGGAGGGAGACGGUCAGAGACCUAUCCCCGACCCGAACGCGCAGGGAGACGGUCAGAGACCUAUCCCCGACCCGAAGGCGCAGGGAGACAGCCCUCUCGUUCACCGGGGUGAACUCCGUUGUUAAUGCACCGAGCUGUGGGGCCACCAGUAGCCCCACCCCCGCCCGGCGCCGCUCACCCGCCGCAACUCCGGAAGAAAAGGGCGUCCAGCCUCUCUCCAGGAGAUUGGUUCCAGAACCCACGCUAUGCGUUGAGGUGAUGAGCUAUGGGUAG